UCUAUCAAAACAAUCCAUUAACGUGUUACAUUAACACUUUGAUUGUAUUUACAAACGUAUUUACGUGAAUAUUUAUUUUAUGAAACAUUAAUGACCAUUUUAUAAAGUUAAGAAAUUGAAUGAUAAAAUGGAUAUAUCAGAGUUUUGCCGAAAAUUGCCCAAAGUGGAACUUCAUGCACAUUUAAACGGUUCAUUAAGUAUAAAUACGUUACAAAAAUUAUGUAAAAUGCAGCGCUCAGACACUACUUGUGAUGAAACUUUAAUGGAUCCAAAUAUCACCGAUUUCUCAUCUUUAAGCGAAUGUUUUAAAAUGUUUGAUAUAGCUCAUGCACUAACAAUUACACCACAAGCUGUAUUUGUUGCUACUUGUGAUGUGAUAAAAGAAUUUCACGAAGAUAAUGUGAUUUAUUUAGAAUUAAGGAGCACACCUCGUGCUGUAAAGGAUGUAAUGACAAAAACACAGUAUCUUCAAGCUAUAAUAAAAGCUAUCGAAACGUCAAAAUCUAAAUUUCCACAAAUUCUUGUAAAACUACUAGUAUCAAUUAAUCGAAAACAAGGUUACGAAUCUGCAGAAGAAAACAUAAAUCUUGCUAUACAGUUUAUGGAAAAACAUCCGGAACAUGUUGUGGGUAUUGAUCUCAGUGGUGAUCCAACAGAGGGCAAUUCAUUCUUAGAAUUAUUAAAACCGUCUAGGAAAAUAGGUCUUAAAAUUACAGCUCAUUGUGCAGAGGUACCAAAUGAAAUGGAAACAAAUGAUAUAUUAAGAUUUAAGCCUGAUCGUUUGGGACAUUGUACUUGCAUUCAUCCCAGUUUGCAAGGUUCUCAGCAAUUGUUUGAUACAUUAUUGGAAUCAAAAAUUCCUGUUGAAUUAUGCUUAACAUCAAACAUUAAAUGUAAAACAGUGUCAUCUUAUAUGUAUCAUCAAUUUAAAUAUCUGUACAAAGCUGGACAUCCCAUAACUAUUGGAACCGACGAUAAAGGUGUUUUUAAUACGUGCUUGUCAAAAGAAUUGGAAAUAUUAAGUUCUGUUUUUAAUAUUGGAAAACAACAGCUCAAAGAAUUGUCUGCAUUAUCUGUACAAUAUAGUUUUGCAAGUAUAGAGGAAAAGAAUAAUUUAACAGCAAUUAUUGAAAAUUUUGAUUGA